CAUGCUGCACAACUCCUCCAUGUCAGUCUAAGUUCUUCUUUUCCCCGCAUUAAUCUUGGACAUCUUGGCUUUUUAUAAUUGGAUUUUGCAGGACAUGUGACGAGAUAAAAACUCCUCAGAGCUAUUGUAACAAAACUGGGUUACCCUACAAGUGGGAGGGAGAAGGAGAGAAAAAGUGCAGUGCAAGAGAAAUGGUUUGACUUGAUGCUAUCUUCUUAACAGUCUUGGACCAAUAAUCUGUCAGCCUACCGCUUCUAAGCACGGCACAUCUAAGAAGCACCUUGUUUAUCACUCUGGAGAUAGAAAUAGCUGAGACCAAAAAUUUGAAGACCUGGAAAAAAACAGAGGAAUUGGAGGGGCCAAACAAAGUAGAAGACGAAGGUGAUAUGGGUAGUGGAGCAAGUGCUGAAGACAAGGAACUUGCUAAGAGGUCAAAGGAGUUGGAAAAGAAGCUUCAAGAAGAUGGAGAUAAAGAGGCAAAGACAGUUAAGCUACUCCUAUUAGGUGCUGGUGAGUCAGGGAAGAGUACAAUUGUCAAACAGAUGAAAAUUAUCCAUCAAGAUGGUUACACAGAAGAAGAAUGUAUGGAGUUCAAAGCAAUCAUAUAUAGCAACAUACUUCAAUCCAUCCUAUCAAUCAUCAGGGCCAUGACUACUCUGGGCAUAGAUUUUGCUGAUUCAGGUCGCGGGGAUGAGCAACGGCAGCUGUACAGUUUGGCUGAUUCCAUUGAAGAGGGUACCAUGCCCCCAGAAUUGGUGACUUGUAUAAAGAAACUUUGGGCUGAUGGAGGAGUUCAAGCCUGCUUUGAUCGAGCAGCUGAAUAUCAGCUCAAUGAUUCUGCUGCAUACUAUCUUAAUCAACUGGACAGGAUCACCGCUGCCAACUAUCUUCCCAAUGAACAGGAUGUAUUGCGAUCCCGUGUUAAGACCACAGGUAUCAUAGAAACAAGGUUCUCAGUCAAGGAUCUUAAUUUCAGGAUGUUUGAUGUAGGUGGGCAGAGAUCAGAGCGCAAAAAGUGGAUCCACUGCUUUGAAGGGGUGACCUGCAUCAUCUUCUGUGGCGCUCUUAGUGCCUAUGACAUGGUCUUGGUAGAAGACGAUGAUAUGAACCGCAUGCAUGAAUCUUUGCAUCUCUUCAACAGUAUCUGUAAUCACAAGUUCUUUGCUGCCACUUCCAUAAUUCUUUUCUUGAAUAAGAAGGACCUCUUUGAGGAAAAAAUCAAGAAAGUACAUCUCAGCAUUUGCUUCCCUGACUAUGAUGGCCCCAAUACAUUUGACGAUGCAGGCAACUACAUCAAGCUUCAGUUUCUUGAUCUAAACAUGAGAAAAGAUGCAAAAGAAAUUUAUAGUCACAUGACUUGUGCCACAGAUACACAAAACGUCAAAUUUGUAUUUGAUGCAGUAACAGAUGUAAUCAUCAAAGAGAACCUAAAGGACUGUGGUCUCUUCUAAGCUUUUUAAAAGAAAAGGAACGAGAGCUUCCAGUGAGCUUCACCAUUCUGCUGAGCAGAGCCAAAGAGCAACCCAUCAUUCAGGAAUCUACACUUCUCCAUAGAAGAUAAAGAAUUCUAACAAGAUAACAGUUCUUACCCAAGAUAAACAAUUCUACCAAGAACAUGCCAUCAAAAAAGCUAAUGGAACAAAAAGUUAAGAGUCUCCAAUUUCUGAAUAAUUUUCUUUGACAAGUUUCCUUUCUGAAGUACUCUACAAUCUGUGAAAGUGGAAAUUGUAACAUGGGCAACAGUGAAGACAAACUUGUUUACAAUGAAUUUAUGUCAAACACUGAACCUCCGCAUUUAACUAUUUAUAAAUAAGCCAUAAUCCGUUCACAGGAAAAAUACAAGCAGUGCUUUGGGGUCUUAUUUAACAGAACUGUUCAUUGUAAAACCAAUGGUCUGAAUGUCCCAAGUCCAAAAACUGUAUAUUGUAUAUAGAAAUGAGGUAUUUUCCAAAUUUACAUCUAUUAAAAUAGAUCAAACACACUAUUUAUUUGUAGUUGUCUGAAACUGGUGCAAUUAGAACCCAGUGUCUUUAAAAAAAAGUUUUAUAGUAUCUAAUUCAGUGAUCUAGAAUGGGUCUGUUCCCCCAUACCAAUUAAACUCACAGAAUACAGCAGUGCUUCAAUACCUGCUGUGGAGACAACUUGUCUACUUGUGCUAUUAAUCCUGUGAUAAUGAACAUACAUAUAUACAGCUUUGAGCCAUUGACAUCACAGGGGCAGAGAAUUUCUCCACACCCAUAUAGGGAACAGAGGGAUACAAAAACGAAACAGUUGUAUUGUUAGACAAGAUACCACUUGCAUUAAGAUGCACUGCAAGUAAUUCCUCGUGCAGCUUCAAAUAAACGUGAAGAGAUAAAAAUAAAUUUGUAUUAAAAAGUAUGGGUGCAUGAUUGAAAAGUAAUUUCUUCCAUUCCUCUUCAUAUUCCUUUUCUCCAGACAUUCCUCUUCACAUUUUCUUUUCAAAAAUAUCUGCUGUGAUUCAUAUGCUGUUUACAGAAACUGAAGUGGUGGCUCAAUGCAUUGUUAAUUUAUACAGUAUCUUUCCCUGAUUUGAAUACAUAUUCAUGCUUAUAUGAAAUUGGUCUUAAACCGAUUAAGUAACCUGUAAUAUGUUCCCAUUUUUAAAAAAUGUACAUGUCACCAUAGAUGGUUGAGUUAAUAGAUUCAUGCAUUUACUGUAUGAAGAGUGUUCUCCCACUGUACACUCAGAAACCUAGUAAGAUAUUUAUUUUUAGCAUCUUAUAUAUAUGAGUAGAACAUCAUCACUUCUUUUGCUAAAGUAUUUAUAACAGUAGCAAGAGAUUCAGAUUUAGUGUAGGUAGGGGGUUAAGGCACCAAGCUAGAAACUGAGAGACUGUGAGUUCUAAUCCUGCUUUAGGCAUGAAAGCCAGCAGGGUGACUUUGGGCCAGUCACUCUCUCUCAGCCCAACUCACCUCAUAGGGUUGUUUUUGUGGGGAAAAAUAGGAGGAUAUAUUUGUUCCCUUGAGUUAUUUACAAAAAUAAUAAAGCAAGAUAUAAAUAAACCAUUACAAUGUAUCAUUUUAAAAUAGCCAUUGUAAUACUUUGUUGAUGUGACAAAUGAUAAAAACUGACAAUUGACUUGCCACUAUUCUCAGAUGUUAUUAUUACUCUUUGUAAAGUUACUAGUACCAAUAAAAUGGUAUUAAAUUGGUUCUGUUCUGUCAGCAACAUCAAUUUCACUAGUAGCUGGAUUUGCCCACUGUUUUGCAAUACCUUAACUCCAUUCUUAGACAACACACAGACUGCACAGUCAAAAGAGAAAGAAAGGAAAGGAAAGGAAAGGAAAGGAAGAAGUCUGUUCGAUUAAUGAAAGUCUACCUCAAUAUUUGGUGCAGACUAAUGAAUUUUUGUCAAAGCAAGAUAUAACCCUGCAACUAUUUAUAUAACAGUUUAGCAAUAGCAAAUAAUUAAUCAGACUAACAUUUUAAUUUGCAAAAGUCAGAAAUGCAAGGAAGAAACUAACAAGGAUUUGCAGAAAUGGCACCAAUAAAGUUAGGAACUUUUAAGUUUUUUUAACUCACUAUUUUAAUAUUGCCAAUAACUACAUCAUCAGGUUGAAACUGUACAUGAAAAUUGGGAAAGAGUUUCAGUGUAAUGGUUAAGCAAAGAAUUACCCUUACUCUGCUUAAUUUUCAUUACAAGGAAAACAAUGGCAAACAGGAACUUGGCACCACAUUUACAUGCUGUUGGUACAUUUCCAAAAUCUCUUAAGGAUAAAAGGCCCUGGUAAAUGCAGAACAAAUUCCACUGUCUACAAAACUCCCCACUGCUUUAAGACCAAACACAUACACAACAAUUAAGUGGUUGAUACAGUAGCCCUGUAGCAGCAUAUAUUCUCUCCCUCCAGCUCGGAAUUUUACAAAUCACUUUGCUAACUGGUACUCACUUCAGAAAUUUCAUAUAAGAAUCAGAUUUUACUUGCUACACCAGAUGCAUACUCAGCAAAUUGAUACUCGGCAUAAACCAGGCUAAAUCCUCCCAACCCAUAAGCCACACAUAAUUUGUUAAACCUGCUACAGGAAAUCUACGUUUUAAGGAAGGGGAAAGCCUUACAGUAUAUGUAGCAGAAUGUUGACAUAGUAUAUAUUAGAAGUAAGCCACAGCUUUAGCCAUAAGAAUUCUAAGGCCCUUUUAAAGUAGUUGCAAUACUAGCAAGUUCUGAC